AUGGCGUGUUUCGUUCCGGAUGUUGCUUCUGUUUUACAAUCAAAGAAGACGACAGUUCGCUGCUGUAAACAAAACUGUCUGUCAGUUUAUAUGUUUCUAAUGCAUAAAUCUGCUCGGUUGGACGACAAAAUGACCUUAAAAACAUCUGUGAGAGUUUGAAAGCGGGUCCAAAGCUGCAAUGACCCGGUCCACAGCCUGACUGGAAGAGAAUGGCUGCGGAGCUGUUUCCCACUAAGAAGCUGGUUCCGUCCGCCUCCAUCCAGCAGUACCAACAACAGAACCUGACCAACAACAACACCUCGACCAGCGCCACCAAGGGCUGCUGCAACUGGCAGGGCCUGUACCCGACCAUCCGGGAGAGGAACUCAGUCAUGUUCAACAAUGAGAUGAUGGCAGAUGUCUUCUUCGUGGUCGGGCCGCCGGGCGGGACUCAGCGGGUUCCAGGCCACAAGUACGUCCUGGCGGUGGGCAGCUCGGUGUUCCAUGCUAUGUUCUACGGCGAGCUGGCUGAGGAUCAGGAUGAGAUCCGCAUCCCUGACGUGGAACCGCCAUCAUUUCUCGCCAUGUUGAAGUACAUCUACUGCGACGAGAUCGACCUGUGCGCAGACACGGUGCUGGCCACGCUGUACGCCGCCAAGAAGUACAUAGUGCCGCAUUUGGCCCGCGCUUGCGUGAACUUCCUGGAGACCAGCCUCAGCGCCAAAAACGCCUGCGUCCUGUUGUCGCAGAGCUGCUUGUUUGAGGAACCGGAUCUGACACAGCGCUGCUGGGAGGUGAUCGACGCACAAGCGGAGUUGGCGCUGCGUUCUGAGGGCUUCUGUGACAUCGACGCGCAGACGCUGGAGAGCAUCCUGCGGCGCGAGACGCUCAACGCCAAGGAGAUGGUGGUGUUCGAGGCGGCGCUGAGCUGGGCCGAGGCUGAGUGCCAGCGCCAGGAUCUGCAGCCCAGUAUCGAGAAUAAGCGUUUGGUUCUGGGCAAGGCCAUCUACCUGAUACGAAUCCCCACUAUGGCGCUGGAAGACUUCGCUAACGGGGCGGCGCAGUCGGGCGUGCUCACGCUCAACGAGACCAACGACAUCUUCCUGUGGUACACGGCCGCCAACAAACCCGAGCUCUUGUUUUGCACCAAACCCCGCAAAGGCCUGGCGCCGCAGCGCUGCCACCGCUUCCAGUCAUGCGCCUACCGCAGCAACCAGUGGCGGUACCGCGGCCGCUGCGACAGCAUCCAGUUUGCCGUGGACAAACGCGUCUUCAUCGCCGGCUUCGGCUUGUACGGCUCCAGCUGCGGCUCGGCCGAGUACAGCGCCAAGAUUGAGCUGAAGCGUCAGGGCGUGGCCAUGGCGCAGCGUGUCAUCAAGUACUUCUCCGACGGCUCAAGCAGCACCUUCCCCGUCUGGUUCGAGUACCCGGUCCAGAUCGAGCCCGAUACUUUCUACACGGCCAGCGUGGUCCUGGACGGCAAUGAGCUCAGCUACUUUGGGCAGGAAGGCAUGACCGAGGUCCAGUGCGGCAAAGUCACCUUCCAGUUCCAGUGCUCCUCCGACAGCACCAACGGAACCGGCGUCCAGGGCGGACAGAUCCCCGAGCUCAUCUUCUACGCCUGAAUCUGUCUGUGGCUACUUCGAGAUGAGAUUUAUGGCUCUGUGAAGGAAGCUGAAUCUUAAGGAGCCGUUAUAUUUAUUUUUUACAAUUCAGCCAGGGGUACUCGUUUUUUAUCAAGGAAACAAUCACUGGUAGCAGUGAUUCUGAAUAAUCAAUCAGAAUAAUUCCAACCAAGGCGGAACGGUGGUCUAGUGGUUAGCGCACAGACCUCACAGCUUAGGAGACUAGGGUUCAAUUCCACCCUCGGCCAUCUCUGCGUGGAGUUUGCAUGUUCUCCCCGUGCAUGUGUGGGUUUUCUCCCACAUUCCAAAAACAUGCUAGGUUAAUUGGCAACUCCAAAUUGUCCAUAGGUAUGAAUGUGAGUGUGAAUGGUUGUUUGUCUAUAUGUGUCCUGUGAUUGGCUGGCCACCAGUCCAGGGUGUACCAUGCCUCUCGCCCCAAGACAGCUGGAAUAGGCUCCAGCAUAAACAACACAAAAAUGGUCGUUUUACAUGAAAAUAACUAUUUAUUUACUAAUAUAACACAAUUAACUAUUUACAAAUUUCACAUUUGGAACUGAGACACGGGUUCAAUUCCACCCUCUGCCAUCUCUGUGUGGAGUUUGCAUGUUUUCCCCCGUGCAUGCCUGGGUUUUCUCCGGGUACUCCGGUUUCCUCCCACAUUCCAAAAACAUGCUAGGUUAAUUAGCCACUCCAAAUUGUCCAUAGGUAAGAAUGUGAGUGUGAAUGGUUGUUUGUUUAUAUGUGCCCUGUGAUUGGCUGGCCACCAGUCCAGGAUGUACCCCGCCUCUCGCCCCAAGACAGCUGGGAUAGGCUCCAGGAACCCUCGUGAGGAAAAAGCGGUAGAAAAUGAAUGAAUAAUUCCAACUAUACAUCUCACCAGUAUACUGUAUACUCUAUUGGUGGGAAUGAGUCGGAAAUAUUGUUUAUAUUUGGCUUGUGUUUUCAUCGUAAACAUUCCAUAAGGUAGUGCCAUAUCUCCAUGUUCUGACAGUGAGAUCACUAUUUUGAAUUCCUACAAUGGAGGCCCCAUGAUGUUGCCACACAUGACACAGUGGCCAAUCAGGGAAUCGAGUCUCGCCGUUCACUUGAAAGAGCCGUUUAAAGGAAUCGAUACGUGUCAACUAAUGACGUUCGUGUUCACCUGAGCAGCUACAUGUUGUGUUUCUUCACAGUGUUCACCAUCUUGCCGUGAAGAAGCAUUGGAAUGUGAGUCAACAAUCAUAAAGUACACUUUGUGUUUCUGUGUCGUCUGUGGAAAAAAUGCCCUCCUGUGCGCCGCCAUCAUCGAUGCUUCAUCUGGACUCAUUUUUUGCCUUAAAGAUGAACACUUUCCCCUCAAAAAGAGACUAGAUUAUUUUAUUAUAUUCUAACACUUCCAGCCUGCAGUCUAGCGGGCUGCCUCGACGCGCUUAUCCAUGUACGCCUUUAUUUUGAAAGCGACAGGGUAACCUGUUGCCGGAAGUACUUUGUGGCGUUCGUGUUGUUUUUUGCAUUGUGAGAGGAUGACGAUUGUUUGUUGUUGAAGAAUAUUUUUGACGUCUUUGUUGAAUGUGGGCGGUGGCGCCAGUGGCCUUAAUCAUGAAAAUAAAAAUCAUUUGGACUUGA